UACGUAUUUUCCUGGGCGGGGACAGUAAAAUGGCGCCAGAACUAGUGGCGGGCUGAGCACACUGGGUCAUUCGAAGCUGGCCCUGCGGUCCCCGGGCCGACCCGGCCCCUCCCGGACAUGGAGGACGUGGAGGCGCGCUUCGCUCACCUCCUGCAGCCCAUCCGCGACCUCACCAAGAACUGGGAGGUGGAUGUGGCGGCCCAGCUGGGCGAAUAUCUUGAGGAGCUGGACCAGAUCUGCAUUUCUUUUGACGAAGGCAAAACCACAAUGAACUUCAUUGAGGCAGCACUGCUGAUCCAGGGCUCCGCUUGUGUCUACAGUAAGAAGGUGGAAUAUCUCUACUCGCUGGUCUACCAGGCUCUUGAUUUCAUCUCUGGCAAGAAGCGGGCCAAGCAGCUCUCCUGUGAGCGGGAAGACGGGCCCAUUGGGGAUGCCGGCUCCAGGGCCCCCCAGGAAGUGGAGUAUGAGUUCCUGUCGUUGGAUGACCUCUCUGAUUCCCGUGCUAACGUGGAUCUGAGGAGUGACCAGGCCUCUAGUGAGACCCUCAUCGUCCCCCUCCUGCCCAUGGCCCUGGUAGCCCCUGAUGAGAUGGAGAAGUAUAAUAACCCCCUGUACAGCUGUCGGGGGGAGGUCCUGGCCAGCCGGAAGGAUUUUAGGAUGAAUACAUGCACCCCCCACCCCAGAGGAGCCUUCAUGUUGGAGCCGGUGGGCAUGUCCCCCACGGGGGCACUGCUGCCGAGGAACCAGAAGGAGGCCUCUGGGAGGGCUGAGGAGCAGCCAGUGGAAGUCUCUGUGCGCAGGAGUCCAGUCCCGCUGCUCAGCGCCUCCCAGGAGCCAGGCACCACUCCAGAAGGCCCAGUGCCCGGAGGUGGGGGUGAAGAAGAGGAUACAGAGUGGGCAGCAGAGCCCCCCGAGGCCUCGGCCCCUGAGGUCCCGAUGGAGCCGCAGGAGCCCAGGAGCCCAGAGCAGAGUGCGGCCCAGCCCAGGAGGUGUGCACUACGGGAGCGAAGGGAGGCCCUGGAGCCUGCGUCCCGGCUGAAGGAGACCCCAGACCCCUGGCAGGGCCUGGACCCCUUCGACUCCCUGGACGCUAAGCCCUUCAGGAAAGGUAGGCCCUACUCUGUGCCCCCCAGUGUGGAGGAGGCUCCAGGACAGAAGCGUAAGAGGAAGGGUACCGUCAAGCUGCAGGACUUCCACCAGUGGUACCUGGCUGCCUAUGCUGACCACGCUGACAGCAGGAGGCCCCGGCGAAAGGGCCCUUCCUUUGCAGACAUGGAGGUCCUGUACUGGAGACACGUGAAGGAGCAGCUGGAGACCCUCCGGAAGCUGCAGAGGAGGGAGGCGGCUGAGCGGUGGCUGCCGAGGGCUCAGGAGGAACCGUGGCCCGCGGAGGAGGACCGGCUGGAGGACUCCCUGGAGGACCUGGGAGCGGCAGCAGGUGACUUUCUAGAGCCCGAGGAGUACGCAGAGCCUGAGGGGGCCGAGCCUGGGGAAGACGCAGACCUGGAAGCGGAAGCCAUGCCGGCCUCCCUAAGCUACGAGGAGCUGGUCCGAAGGAACGUGGAGCUCUUCAUCGCCACCUCGCAGAAGUUCGUCCAGGAGACAGAGCUGAGCCAGCGCAUCAGGGACUGGGAGGACGUCAUCCAGCCCCUGCUCCAGGAGCAGGAGCAGCAUGUGCCCUUUGACAUCCACACUUACGGGGAUCAGGUAGUCUCAAGGUUCAGCCAGCUCAACCAGUGGUGUCCCUUUGCGGAGUUGGUGGCUGGCCAGCCUGCCUUUGAGGUGUGUCGUUCCAUGCUGGCCUCCCUGCAGCUGGUGAGUGGCCUGGGAGCCUGGGAGGGAAGCGGUCUCUGGUCUCUGCUGACGAUCUGUCUCUACAGGCUAAUGACUACACAGUGGAGAUCACCCAGCAGCCGGGGCUGGAGGCGGCGGUGGAUACCAUGUCCCUGAGACUGCUCACGUACCAGCGGGCCCACAAGCGCUUCCAGACCUACGCUGCCCCCUCCAUGGUCCAGCCCUGAGUGGGGAGCACUGAGACUGGGGUUGGGCCCUGGAGCCCUGUCCCCAGCAGGUGCUGGGCAUGCAUCUGCUCACUCCACUUUGCUUCCUGGCUCGCCCAGCCCAAUAAAGUGUUGCCACCCCGCCAAUCCCUUUAAAAAACCUUUACAAAACUGUUCCGUGUGGAGGAAAGGGCUGUCCAUCCUCUGCACCCCAGGAAGCUACCACGUCUCCAGCCCCUUUCCUGCCGUGGCCUCCAGGGGCUGCUGGUAUAGAUCUCAGGCACACACAGCUCCACCACAUCCUUUUAAUGACCCAGCUCAGUGCAGGACGCUGCGGAAGGCAGCCAUGUGGCGCCGCACACUGUCUGCGACCUGCUCGGCCGACCUGGCCCUGCCGUAGUAGUCUGUGAAGAGGCCGUCAGGGCUGAGCAGGUAGAUGGCGAUGGAAUGGUCCACGAUGUAAUCCUGGUCCUCGUCCUUGGGGCCAGCGCUGUAGUACACGCGGUAGCUGCGGCUCACCUGGGCAACCUGCUCAGCAGAGCCGGUCAGGCCCAGCAGCCUGGGGUGGAAGUCCUGCACAUAGUGGGCCAUGGCCGCCACGUCAUCCCGCUCGGGGUCCACCGUAAUAAAGAUGGGCUGCACGGGGGGCAGGCCAGGCUCCGCCUCCAGCUGCCGCACCACCUGCACCAGCUUCUCCAGUUCCUCGGGGCAGAUGUCAGGGCAGUGAGUGAAGCCGAAGUACAUCAGCACCCACUGGCCCCGGAAGUCAGCUUUGCAGCGAGCCUGGCCCCGGUGAUCCAGCAGGCUGAAGUCACCCUGGCCCACGGCAGCUUGGCGCAGGGCCUCUGUCCGUCGUUGCUGCUGCCACCGCUCCUUCUCGGCUCUCAUGGCCAGCCAGACCCCACCCAGCCCAGCCCCAAUCAAGGCUGUGAUCAGCAACCUAGUUCGUAGCCCAGGGCCCUGGGGCUGGUCCUGCCUUCCCGUCUCUGCAGGGCCCCGCCUUGAUAGGAGCCGGUACCUCACAUGCUGGGCCUCUCCUCCUGGGGUCCUAGGGAGAGCUGGAGGCUUGAGCUGAAAGAGCCUGUGCCAAGCCUUGGGUGCCUGAGCCAGCAACAGCAUGGCCUAAUACUCCUGGAAAAGAGCAAGGGUGUCAGGAGCCAGAAGGUGCCUCGGCCUCCCGGGUCAUACCCCAUCCUGGAGAUGCUGCCAUCUGAGGGACCAGCCCUACACAGGCUCUGCUAGCAGCAGCUGCUCACCUGGCGUCAGAACUGCUUCACCUCUGAAACCUCAAACUCCAGCUUAGGUGUCAUCAAGCGUCCACCCCUGUCCGUCCUGUCCUUUAGCCUGAGAGCCUCAGUCUAUCGCAUCCCACCUGGACCCUGCCCCCCGUCGUGUGCCUGCAGCUCUAACCAGCCCAGCCCUCGCCUGCACCUGAGCGUCUGAGCUGACCAAGAGCAUUCCAAGCGCAUGCCUCGCCCGGAUUCCUGAGCAUAUUUAUCUGUUUGCAAUAAACUCCCAUUUCUUGAAA